AUGGCGUCCAGCCGUGAUCAUCUACGGUCUGACACACUCCCGAGUCUGUCUACAGCGCGAACGUCUCCCCCCUCUCUAUCGUCCCCACCCAGACCGGCGCUCCUCCGAGAUGCCCUCAGCAUAGAAUCCUUGUCCCAGACCAAGCCAGAUCUCCCUGGACCCGACAACGUGCUACCUAUACACGUAUCCGAAUCGGUUCAGGAAGCCGCCUUGUCGCUGCCUUACUCAACACUACAGCAGUUUCGGAAGUCGACUAGCCGGCGAUCGAAGAAAGCGUUGUCCACCGACUGCAUACCGCGACAGACAAUCUUGAAAGCCCUGGCCUCGCGGGCUACGAUUAUCACCAAUAAUACCGAUAUGUCCGGUUCUGUGUCGAGUAUGCUCGCGAAUAAAUCCGCUCAGACUUCCCCGCCUUCGGAGAACCGACCACGGCGGGGGAGCAAUGACUCCCCCCAGAACAUCUCGACUGCGCUAUCGAAUUUUCAAUUGAGCGGAUAUCUCGAUCGUUCACCUGCCGCGGCUCGUCUGAUACUACAAUCGCCAUGCUAUUUCCACCAACGCUUCGAUGAUGCUGUCAACAUAAAAAAGGUGUUGGAGGAAAUCGCCGACGACGAGUGGCUGUCGCAUUCGCGACUGGUUCAGACAGCGACUGGUGUUCGUGAAGUGUCGAAGCAACUACAGCGACGACCUAUCAAGCGAGCGGUGCGAAAUGUCAUGAUUGUUACUAAGGCGCGUGAUAACAGCCUGGUGCUCUUGACCCGGGAAGUUGCGGAGUGGCUACUUUCGACCGCAAGAUACGGAAGUGAACUAGGAGUCAAUGUCUAUGUAGAUGCGAAGCUGCGCAAUUCGAAGCGAUUUGAUGCCCCGGGGCUGUUGCAGAAAGACCCGAUGUUUGCGCAGAUGUUACAUUUCUGGACACCGGAUCUGUGCUGGACAUCGCCCGAUAAGUUCGACUUGGUGCUGACCCUUGGUGGUGAUGGUACCGUUCUUUUCACAUCGUGGCUCUUCCAGCGCGUGGUUCCGCCCGUGCUCUGCUUUUCGCUGGGCAGCCUGGGCUUCCUCACAAAUUUCGAGUUUGCCGAUUACAAAUCGCAGCUUAAUGCCGUUAUGGGCGAGGUGGGCAUGCGCGUCAAUCUGCGCAUGCGGUUCACAUGCACCGUAUAUCGGAAAGACCGGAGCAAGGGAGCAGAGCUGGGCGCUGUCGAAGAGGGCGAGCAAUUCGAAGUACUGAACGAGCUCGUCAUCGACCGCGGCCCGUCCCCCUACGUGUCGAACCUGGAGCUCUACGCCGACGACGAGCUGCUAACAGUCGUCCAAGCAGACGGCUGUAUCUUCUCGACGCCGACUGGUUCCACGGCAUAUUCUCUGUCCGCCGGCGGAUCUCUUAUGCAUCCAUCCAUCCCGGGUAUCCUUCUCACCCCAAUAUGCCCACACACCCUCUCCUUCCGCCCAAUGGUUCUCUCCGACUCCCACCUUCUCCGCAUUGCCGUCCCUAAAUCCUCCCGAUCCACCGCUUACUGCUCCUUUGAUGGCAAGGGCCGUGUCGAACUCCGCCAGGGCGACUACGUCACUGUCGAAGCCAGCCAGUACCCAUUCCCGACCGUCGUGUCCAACAACAACGAGUGGUUCAUCAGCGUCCAGCGUGCUCUGCGCUGGAACACGCGCGGCGCGGUCCAGAAGAGCUGGGAUGGCGGCGAAGCCGAGGCGGAAGUGAACACUGAUCCCAAUGAAGACGAACAGUGGGACAUCGACAUGGACACCGUGCUCGCUGGUCCAGACAGCGGCAUCGGUCCCAGCGAAGACGGGGAUGCUCUGUCGCCGAGUCCCAUGCGUCGGCAAAUGAGCUUGCUCAAUAUGUGA